GAUGUGCACCACAAGUCCUCCACAGCCACAGCAGCUUGAUUUGGAGCCAUGGUGCCGCCCGUCGUUGCAUUACCGAGCAGGACUUGCGGCUCUUAAACCGUCACUUCUUCCAGGCAGUGUGCUACUGUGCAGAUGGAGGCAAUGGAGGUAGACUCCCCUCUGGGGAUACAGGAAGGAGGCAGCAGACAGCCACAGGCAGCGGUUGCAGGCCAGGCCGAGAAUGCCAACGCACCACUUGUCAUCUCAGACUCCGGCAGCAGCACCGAGGUGGAGGAGGAAGAACAUGAUAACAAUGAGGGACAAGCGGCAGCUCGGCCACCUCCAAGGCUUCCCGCCACCUGGGCGUUUAGUCAGAGGGCGGUGAGCAGGACUGCAGCCACGCCAUCAGCAGCUCGGGGGGCACCCAUGCGGAGGAGAGUCAGGCAGGGCCUCAGAGUGCACUACCCCAGCCAGACUGCAGCACCUUCCAGAGGCUUCCCUGACUUUCUGCUUCGAGCACCGGCUGCCAGCGUGGCUGAGCCAGGGUCCGGCAGCACUACAGAGGUCAGCGAGUCAGAUGAAGAGGAUGGAGCAGUGGAAGCGGGGGGUGAAGAGGGUGCCUCUGCUGCUGUGUUACCUGUUGACCCCGCCCCACCAACCAUUUCCCACCUCAACGCCUCCAUACAGCACACGCAGCAACAGGAUGUCAGCUCAUCCAACCCCAGUUCAGCUGCUGAAAAUGAGAGGACAGGAAAUCAACAUCAGGGCGUCAAGGUGGCCUCGGAAACCUUGGCUUCCGUUCUGUCAUCUGUGAAUGAGGAGAGUGAAGGCGACAACUGCACCAUCUGCUUCGAGGCGUGGACGGCGGCGGGCGAACACAGGCUGUCUGCUCUGCGCUGCGGACAUCUCUUCGGCUACACCUGCAUCCAGCGCUGGCUGAAAGCUCAGGGUUCAGCCGCUAAAUGUCCACAGUGUAACAAGAAAGCAAAGCGUUCAGACAUCGUGCUGCUGUACGCUCCAAAGCUGAGAGCGCUGGACAACUCUGAGGAGGAGAGCUUAAAAAAGUCUCUGGAGCAGGAGCAAGCCCUCAGAAGGAAGGCUGAACUGGAGUCAGCUCAGUACAAACUCAAACUACAGGUCGUCACCAGCAAAUAUGGACAAGUGGAGCAAGAGCUGCAGGAGCUGAGGUCUCUAAUGGCUCAGGCUGGUAGAAGCUCGGUUCCCUCUUCCUCCUCGGGGUCAGCCGUAUACCUCGGCCUAUCUCAGAGGCCAGAGGGCUCCAGGAAGGCCCAAUACGGCUUCUCCAAGGCAAUUUUAGUGUCUCUGGCUGGAGGCUGUAGGGUCUUGUCAUACUGUGAACCUCUGAGUUGCCUGCUUGCCUCGCAGCCGUCCCCACAAGCCACAUUGGUGCCCGGUUGUGGUGUAAAGAAGGUUAGUGUGGUGAACAUGAAGGCGAGUCAGUACGUCCCCAUCCACAGUAAACAGAUCAGAGGUUUGUCCUUCAAUAGACAGAAUGACAGUCUGCUGCUGUCUGCUGCCCUGGACAACACCAUCAAACUGACCAGUCUGUUAACCAACACAGUGGUUCAGACCUAUAAUGCAGGCAAACCAGUGUGGAGCUGCUGCUGGUGUUUGGAUAACAGUAACUACAUCUAUGCUGGUCUGAGCAACGGCUCGGUGCUCGUCUACGACACCAGAGACACCACCACACACGUCCAGGAGCUGCAGCCGCUUCGCUCCAGGUGUCCAGUGGCAUCCCUGUGCUAUGUCCCGCGGGCAGCAUCCAGCUCGUUCCCCUGCGGCGGGUUGAUCGCAGGGUCUAUGGAGGGCGGAUGUUUCUGGGAGCAGGUCAGCGAGGUCACGUACAGACCCCAUGUCCUGCCGCUGGAGACAGCUGGCUGCACCGACAUCCAGGUGGAAACAGAAAGCCGUCACUGUCUGGUCACGUACAGGCCAGGACGUUCCAAUCCAUCUCUGCGCUGUGUCCUGAUGGCUCUGAACCGAACGCCUCAGCAGGACUCCAGUCAGCUGCCCAACUGUUCCUGCUCUCCUGUGCAGACGUUCAGCGCCGGCUCGUCCUGUAAACUGCUCACCAAGAACACCGUCUUCAAGAGUCCAGAUGGAGUAGGAACACUGGUCUGUGCCGGUGACGAGGCCUCAAACUCUACCAUGGUGUGGGACGCCAGCAGCGGCUCUCUGCUCCAAAAGCUUCCAGCCGACCUGCCCGUGUUGGACAUCAGUCCAUUUGCGAUGAAUGGGGAACACUUCCUGGCCUCGCUGACGGAAAAGAUGCUGAAGCUCUACAGGUGGGAGUGAACCAGGAAACAAAGACCAGAGACAGUCCCACAGCACAAGGACAGAAUCUGACUGUGCUGGAAAUCGAAUGCUGCUAAACCUUUGUCUGCUUGUUUACACACAAAACCAAACAAACCGGUUUCUGCAAGUAUUGACCUUUGACCCGAGACAGAACGACUCUGUCAGGUGUGCAUAGACACACUGAGGUUCUGCUGAACUGUGAUCCCACACAAAGGAAUAUGUUUGUUAUUUUUAUACAAGCCUGAGGUCAAGUUAUUAAUAUUCUGCGUGUGUGUGUCGAUGUGUCGCUGUCCUGAGGUCCUGCAGUUUCCCAGUUUCAAAGCUGGAGCUGAUAAAGGUGAGGAUGGUGAUUUUAUCUUGGUGUCUCUCAGGUGUGUGUUGGUGUUUUGGUUUGAUCAUUGUGAUACUUUGGUAUGAGCCCUGUAGCUUAAGCACCAACUACAACUACAAACCAUGUGUUUUUGACUUUGUCUCUCCAUCUUCGGCUGUACUGUUUUAUGUUGUUUUUUCUUACACGUCGACAACUUCUGCUCUGCUUAUUUUAAGAAUUGUGUAAGCCAUCACAGUCAACAUCAAGUCUAUGGUUGCAACUUCUGCUUCUACUAUUAGCUAAUUUGCCUCUUACCAUUUCUGUGAAUUCGUUACUGGAAUCAGCAGAAAAUUCUGCAUUGUUUCCUCUUUCACUUAGUAAAUUGACAUAUCAGCUGAUUUCUAACCACCAUCCUUAAUUUGUCGUGGACAAGAAAUGACGGUCCCAGUGUUUGUCCAUCAGAGAUUGCUGAAGUUAGUGUCUAGAGUGUUCCAUUCGCCACAUACAUUUGGACGUCUCUUUUGUUAUCAACUUUAAGUAUUCAUUUUCAGGCUGGUUGGUUGGUCCAUAUUCGCAGCUGUAUUGUCAUUGAGAUGGGUUACACAAAUAGAAGUCUGGAAAGGUAGAAAACGUGGCAGGACAAAACAGAAGCAUAGCUCGAAAAGUUAGUUUAGUUCUGAUGUGAGUAUGAUUCAGUUGUAAAUGAUGGGCUAAAUUGUACUAAACCAUGGGUGUGGUCCUCUAAUGGAGAUAUUAUAGGACCAUUACUGUUAGUUUGCUGCUAAAGUGUGUCUUGCACAUUGCUAUGGAUAAUUUACCUUGACUCUGUUGUUCCCUUUGAGAUUUCUUUCUCAUUUCAGGCAGCCAGAGGUGUCAUUUUGUUUGUGGUGUAGGCUUGAAAGCUGCUGCAGAAAAUUCAAACUGUUAAAUAUGUUGAGGUUUGAGCGCAGGGUGCAGAUCAGGAACUUGUGUCCUUGUUUUCAACACCUAUGUUUGCCCGUUAUCACAGUCAGCUCAUCACUGCAGUGCCUUCCUGUAGCUUCUCAACUGAAUGUUCAGAUGUCAGAGGAUCCUUGAAUCCACCACAAACAUGAAGUUAGAUAGUGAUCUGGCUGCAGCUAUGUCAACACUCGCUCUGAGCACAUUUCAUCUAACACUGGUCUAAAACAUGGUCGUCAGUCAUUUGGCGCUCAGGUUCGGCUGUGCUUUGUUAGAGUGAGUGGUAAAAUCAGUUAAAACAACUUUGAGAAACUUGGAUUUCAAAAACGAGCCCAGCUGCAUCAAAGUGAAGCGGCAUUGAGAACAGCCCCAGAUUUUCAACUGUUCAUGAAAGCUGAUGUAAUUUUGUCCCAUGUCUCCUUUUAAAAGCACAUUUCAUUUUUUUUUUAAUUUUAAUUGUCACAAACAGAAAACUGCUCCAUCAUCACCCCUUCCCGUCUUCUUGUCUCACUCCUUACUUAACCACAACUAUGAACACUGCCAAAGGACCCAUUUUUACUCUUUUUGGUUUUCAUUUCUUAAGAAUGUUGUAUAUAUGUAUAUUUUCUACCAACUGUUUGAGUACAACUUCAAAGUUAAUAAAAAUGACAUGUUAUUUUUAAUCACA